AUGGCUAGUGCACAGCAGCAGUUCUCGCCAAAACUCAGAAGGCAAACAGCUGAGCAGGGCUCCUCAGCGUCGCAAGUCAUUCUCUCGCCCUUCUGGAAGAACUUGGCACGCAUAGAGCAAAAACAGCAGGCAGCAGGCACCCCACCAACCCUCCAUUCUCAAGGAUUCCUGAGAAGAAAACGAAGCGGAAAACGUAACAGCUUGCGUCGUGUUCCGCUCACGGGCUUCGCUACCGGAAUCGGGUUGACCCUCCGAAGUUUUGGGUUUUUGGGAAAUGGUCCGCUACGCCGCUACGCCGUAGUGGUGCACUCGGUCCUCGUCGGGACUGGAGUUCUCGACGAUGCCCUGCGACGGAGUUUGGGUGGGAGCAGCUGA